UGCGAUAUCGCGUCCUCCCGGGAGCGGCAGUGGCGGCGGCGGGGCCGGAGAGGGGCUGAGGAGCCGAGGCAGGGGCCGAGGCCCGUGCAGGAGCGGAUCGGGCCGGGGCCAUGGCCGAGGCGCCCCCACAGCCCGAGCCCCGGCCCGUCCGCCCGCAGGCGACAUGAGGGAGGAGGCCGAGGGAGCCGGGGCCGAGCCCGGCGACUUCGUGCAACUGAAAGUACCCAUCGUGCAGCAGCUGUACCACUGGGACUGCGGGCUGGCCUGCUCCAGGAUGGUGCUCAGGUACCUGAAGCUCCUAGAGGACGACUCGGCGUUCGAGCAGGCCCUGCAGGAGCUGCAGCUCACCCGCAGCAUCUGGACCAUCGACCUGGCCUACCUGAUGCGCCACUUCGGGGCCCGCCACCGCUUCUGCACGCGGACGCUGGGCGUGGACAAGGGCUACCGCAACCAGUCCUUCUACAGGAGACACUUCGACGCUGAGGAGAGCCGGGUGAACCAGCUGUUCGCACGGGCCUCGUCCUGCAAGGUGUUGGUGGAGAAGAGCACAGUGACUGUCCGAGACAUCCAGGAGCACCUGGCCCAGGGGCAUGUGGCCAUCGUCCUGGUCAAUGCAGUCCUGCUCUUGUGUGACCUGUGCUCCAGCCCCGUCAAGUACUGUUGCUUCCUGCCCAUCGGCCAGAAGUGUUUCUGCAGGGGUCCUGACUACCAGGGCCACUUCAUUGUGCUGUGUGGCUACAACAGAGCCUCCGAGAGCAUCUUCUACAAUAAUCCAGCCUACGCAGACCGCAUGUGCAGCACCAGUGUGACCAACUUUGAGGAAGCCAGGACUAGUUAUGGCACUGAUGAGGAUAUCCUUUUUGUCUACACCGACAGCUGACCUCCGGCCUGGCCAACACCCAAGCUGCUGCUGCUGCUGAACCCUCAGACAGCAGGUGUGGACAGGGAGCCCCCCAAGCCCCAGGCUUUGUGCCUACACCCACUGCCCGGCCUGCCCCCAGCAAUGCUGCGGCUGCCCCCUGGGGCUGGGGGCCCACACAGAAAGGAGUGGCCCCAGCAGGCAGAGGGAGCCUCUCCCACAGCUCGACAAACCGAGAUCCACAUUCAUUAGGUCCCAAGAGGAUAAGCCCAUCGGCUUCGUCAUGGCCGGCCAGCACGUCACCUUUGCUGUUUCUGUUGUGAGAGGAGGGGCCCCAUCGCCCAGCCUGUGGGUGGAGAGGGCCCAGCCCCACCGUUCCCCUCAUGCUCCACACAGUGACCAGCAGGCCCGCCCGCCAUCUGUCGUCCGCUCUUUACUUUGCCUUGUCUCCAUCAGGGAGGAGGUCUUUGGGCACCUCCACUCCAUUGUGCCUGGUCUUGGGGCUGCCUCUGGGAGAGGCUCCCCUACCCCCACCCCAGCACACACACACACUGGAAGUCUCGAGAUAGAGGCCAGUAACCACUAGUUUAAACCAGCACGUCGGGAAGUCAGAGGGGAGAUCUCUUCUUGGUCGGUCCCUGCUGGGUUAAGUCAGAGGCCCUCGAGGUGCCUUUCCUCCAGCUCAGAGAUUCUGGGCUUGCCCAAGGAGCCAGGGUUCUGCUCUGAGUUGGGCUCAAGCCUGGCCCCUUUCUGUAGGAGAUGGAGACAAAGAUGCUGAGAGCUCUAGGGUGUGGCUGGCUGGUAGGCAGGAGGAGGGGACUUGGGUUACUGCUCCAGACAGAAAAGCAGAGGCCCAGCGGGCCCCAUGGGAUGGCCAGGAGACAGGCACAGGAGCCUCGUGCCGCCAGCCCAGCUGCAGUCCCACAGCCAGGGUUGAUUAAGGCUGAUUCCAAGGACGCCUUCAUGGAUCUGCUGACUGCUCGUUGGCUGAUUCAGCUUGCCAGGGUUGUAGUAGCCUUUAUUGCCAGGAUGUGGCCAGAAGGUGUGCCCACAGAGCAGCCCCUGACACUGGCCACCAGUGCAGACUCUUGUCUCAAGUGGGUCCAGCAGCAGGGAGCUGAACCUCAGAGCCCCUCCCCAGUGGGAUGCCAGGGCACAGCCAGGUUGGGCUCUGCGGUUGGGGGGCUGGCUGCUGCCUGUGGGAAAGCCCCAUUCUUUUUAAAGAGAAGUCACAGGGAAUGUGAGGCUGGGUGCCAGCCCGAUGCAGGAGGCCCGAAACCUCUGUGGUUGUCAGUUCUCAGCCCCAGCAGCAGCUGUGCAGACAGGUUCAGAUGCUCUCCUGCCCCGGCAGGGUAGUGGCUCGUCCUGUUGAAAGCUCAGAAUGCUGGUCAAAGGUGGCCAGUUCUGAAGGGCCUCUGGGCGUCCCCCUUAGCUCCUCUCCCAAGCUGGGAGCCAGCUACUUUUGAACCCAGGCCAGUGGGGCUGCAGGUACUCCUUGGCUGGGGCUGGGGCUGGGGCUGCAAUGAAAUGGGUCCCUUUCAGAGCAUCUAGAGUGAAACAAAACUGGUUAAUCAGGAUAGGCCAAGUGAGCCAGGCUCAGAGCAUCAUCUUCAUGGCCAAAUUCAAGGCUGAAAAUACAACUACGGAAAGAGAAAUGGUGGCCAGAGGCCCUGGGAUCCACCAGCCUGCAAAUGUGCGUGCCUUUGUCCUGCUGCUGGGAGCUGGGUGGGGGGCGCCUGUGCCAAUCUGGAAGCCUGGCUGGGUGAGUCCAGGGCGGGCAGCUACUUGUGUCCGGAUCCAGAGGGAUCACUGCCAGCCAGCUAGGGCCGUGGAUGGGUGAUCAUGCUGGAAACCUGCACUGCCCCAUUUGCUAUUGGGUGGGUUUUGUUUCCUCUGACCACAGGAAAGGGAUAUUUUACAUGCAGAGAAAUUUUAUACAUAAAUAUAUUUUGUUUGUAAUGAGCCAUUCAAUAAACA